AUGUUGCUACGACUGUCAUUACUUCUCACAACGAGCCAUCGAGGUCUUACGAAUGCAUAUAUAUAUCCAGGCGAGUAUUUGUGGACCGACAAGGCCGCUUUUUGUAUCUGUCACCGCAACAACGACCAACCCAGCGAAUAUAUCGAGACAAAGGCGAGAGAGGAACUAAAAGCAGCACAAGGAAUAUUGGACAUUGCUGAGCCUGAGAUUCUCCUAGAAAUUGCAAUCUGCAACGUCGAAGACAAGAGCUAUGGUGGAUAUCCUGGCGGACCUUGGCUCUUUGCACGGGUCUGUCGAAAAUGGAAGGCGGUCGCAUUAUCCUCCAAAGCAUUAUGGAGUACAGUGAUUCUCAACAACACUUUCUUAUCCUCCCUCAAUUUACGAAAAAAGGCACAAGUUGUCCUUCUUGAGCAGCUUCGGCGCUCAGGAAGUAUGCCUCUUCGCAUAUAUCUCAAUUUUGAAGACGUCUCUUACUCCAAGUCGACAAUGCGCAUCCUCACUGACGUCGUCUUGCAGGCUUUCCGAUGGAAAUCCUUCGAAUUUCAUGCAUCAGUGAUGUUCUUUCAUUACAUGUAUCUGAAGGUUGAACACUGCCUUCCUAUCCUCGAGCAGAUCAAUCUUCGUAUCACCGACACUGGCACGCUCUCCAAAAAUGACGGAACAUAUCUCAUGUUCAGUGAGGCGCCACAUCUCUGUGAUGUCGAGCUCGACACGAACUCCUCAGAUCCUUUCGACUUACCCUUCCCCCAACUCACCCGGUAUAUAAACCACUUCAACCGGGACAAGUCUCAUAGUUAACGGAUUUUUUCGAAUUUACAUCCCGUCGUUCGUUGCUCUUCCAGCAUAGUUUCAGUGAAUAUUAAAAUGUCACUCGAGAUCCUUUUUACUGCAUCGGAGAUGGAAUCCUUCAUCGUCAAUUAUACCAGCUGAGGAAAUCCCAGACUGGUCCUACAGCUUUACACCUCAGCUCUGAAGUCUUUGUUAAAUCCGCUCUCCACCUUGCACCUGCGAGCCAAAAUGAAUGAAGAAAGUUGCAUAUCCAGUGUCUGACAUGCUUGGACGUUCUUUUUUUUUUUGUAGAGCGUGUACUGGUGUACUUAGCAAUGCUGCAAUUGACUACGUCAAACCAGCUCGCUCGCUUGGGGAGGAGGGGCAGGCCCCAAUGGACGGAAGAAAGUUUUAAACGAGGUGACCCGGAAGAUCUACACG